AUGACAGUUAAGGAUAUCAAACAUCUAGACCUGUACGAAUUCAAAUGCAAAUGCUAGGCGAGUAGGUAGGAAUUAGCAGAUCUUUAUCGAUAGCAUUCCAGGCAGAAGUUAGUGUAGGUAGGGCAGAGUAGGGGCUGCUGUAGGCUCUGUCUACUGUGUAGGCACCCAGUAGGAUCCCCCCGGCUCUGCCCCGGCUAAGCCUAAUCCAGACGCUGUGACGAAACAGAAGUGAUGCAGAGCCCCCCAUCAGAUCCUCAGCUCUUGUCAGCCUAGUAUUAACCUUCGUGGCCUCUUCUCUUUUUCCAAGUUGAUUUCCGAGUUGAUAUAUAUGUGUACACUUCCUUCGCGGGUUUAUUUAAGACGCGACAAACGAUAGAUCCUGCUUUCCUGACGCGCGUUAACCCUUCUCUAUCCCCCGAAAUAGACGACCCCACCUAAUUCACCAUGUCGAGAAUGCCCUUUGGUGGUCUGGGACUGCCUGGAUCCAACCCUCGAGCACCUCCCCGAGAAAAGCAAUACUCCGAUAGCCCAGGUGCUCCUCCUUAUGGAAGCCCCGACCCAUAUGGAGCAAAUCAAGGAUACAGAGAUAGGGAUCCUCGGAUACCUCCCCAAAGUGGUGGCGGAUACAAUCCGGCUCGAUCGCCGGGAAUACCUCGACAAGCUGGAACGGGCGGCUCGGCGCGAGGCCCUGCUAGACAGGUUCCGUUGAGGGUUGAAAAGGUUCCAGACAAGUCACUCUCGGAUAGAUUGAUUUUCUCUAAUUUAUGCGCCGUGUCCCCAGAAGACUUUCCCCCUCCUCGCGAUGGCUCAUAUCUGUAUAUUCUUGUUCGUGGCGGGCAACCUGUUGGUGAGUAUGUGGUAACCGCACAGGCGGUGCCAGGCUAUCCACAGGGCUGCAUAAGUUUGUCCGACCCUCAGCGAUCCUGGUGUGGCAUCACCAUGAGAGAUACAUUCACUGGUGAAUUAUAUGAUCCGUUUCAAUCAGGUGGUAAGGCCUAUCUUGGCUCAUUAGACCUGGUGAUUGGAUUUGCUUCAAAAAUAAAGAGAGUCGACACUCCGUACGACGAGGAAGAGCUCUCCAAAAUCUUCAUCGAGACCUAUCAAAACCAAGUACUAACUCCUGGUCAACGGGUAUUGAUGAAUGUUCGCAACAUUCCCCUCGUUAUUGAUGUCAAGACGGUAGGGUUGGUAGACCUUGCUAUGGCCUCUGAUGAGUCUAACAAACAAGUAUCCCGAGAAGGGUCUGCGAGAGGUAUCUUAACGAGCCAAACUCGGGUGCUAUUCCACCGAGACAGCACUGGCGAAUUCAAAAUGAACCCUUCAAUGUCAAAACCAAACUCAAACGCAAUCUUGAGUCCCGAUUUCAAGUUUGAAGAUAUGGGUAUCGGUGGUUUGGGCAAUGAAUUUUCGACAAUCUUUCGCCGAGCCUUUGCGUCCCGUGUAUUUCCUCCAGGCUUGGUCGCGAAGAUUGGCAUUCCCCAUGUUAAAGGAAUUCUUUUAUACGGCCCUCCAGGAACAGGAAAGACUCUGAUCGCCCGACAAAUCGGGAAGAUGCUGAAUGCUCGACCUCCCAAGGUCAUAAAUGGCCCUGAGGUCCUUAACAAAUUUGUCGGCCAGUCCGAAGAGAAUAUCCGAAAACUCUUCGCUGACGCAGAAGCUGAGUACAAAGAGAAAGGGGAGGAGAGCAGCCUCCACAUUAUCAUUUUUGAUGAGCUGGAUGCCGUCUGUAAACAACGUGGCUCAGGGGCCGGUGGUGGCACAGGUGUUGGCGACAGUGUCGUGAACCAGUUGCUAUCCAAGCUGGAUGGUGUAGAUCAGCUCAAUAAUAUCCUCCUAAUUGGAAUGACAAAUCGAAAGGACAUGAUUGAUGAUGCACUCCUUCGACCAGGUCGUCUCGAAGUUCACCUUGAGAUUUCACUCCCAGAUGAGGCCGGCCGACUUGAAAUCAUCAAGAUUCACACCUCCAAAAUGAGGACAAAUGGUCUCCUCAACGCCGACGUCAAUCUCGAAGAACUGGCAGCGGUCACAAAGAACUUCUCGGGUGCUGAGAUCAAUGGUCUUGUCAAAGCAGCAGCUUCAUUUGCCUUCUCACGUCAUACCGAGGUUGGACAGCUGGCUGCUGUUAAGCAGGACGUGGGAAAUAUGAAGAUUGGCCACAGUGACUUUGCGAAUGCGUUGACUGAGGUGCGCCCUGCUUACGGUGUUUCUGAGGCCGAGCUAGAGGAAGCUGUCAGAUUAGGCAUUAUUCCCUACAGUACCCAUAUCAAUGGUACCAUUGAGGAGAUGAUGCGUGUUGUCGGCAUGAUUAAGGACGACCCGAACAAGUUUAGCACAUCUGUGCUAUUCCACGGACCUAAGUCAUCGGGAAAGACCGCCUUAGCAGCACACAUUGCCAUGCAGUCUGGCUUCCCAUUUGUCAAAUUGAUCACGCCUGCGGACCUAGUAGGAUAUAGGGAUGACUUCGCUAAGAAGGACUAUGUUCAUAAGGCAUUUGCCGAUGCGUAUAAGUCUCCAGCAAGCAUCUUAAUUCUUGAUGACUUCGAACGGUUGAUAGGAUGGAACCCCAUUGGAAUGCGAUGCUCUGAGACCAUGUUACAGGCACUCACAACGCUCAUCGUCUCUAAGCCACCCAAAAAUCACCGUCUAUUAGUCUUUGUCACCACGUCCAGGGUGUCUAUGCUCAAGAUGCUUGAAAUAGACAUGGACUUUGCCAAGAAAGUAGCAGUUCCUCCUGUAUCCAACUCAAAUGAGCUCAGGACAGUGCUUCGGGAGUCUAGAGUUUUCGACCCUGAGGAUAUCGAAGAAGCAGUCAACAUGGUUCAGCAGGGCGCGGGAUCCGAUAAAAUCGGGGUGGGCAUAAAGACAGUGUUAGACUGCAUUUUCGAGGCGCGGGCCGGUGGUGGCCCCAGCUCUGAGAUCAUAAGAACAUUCUCGGAGCUAUUGGUUGAGAAGAUACAGGAGAUGCAAGGUUAG